AUGAGCUCGCUGCCGCCGCCGUCGCUUGCUCACGCACACAAACCGCACCCGCUCAAGUUGUCGCCGCCUUCGCCCUACGCACCGUUACCACAGCCGUUUAGCUUCCAAUUCAGCUUAGGUGGUAUGAAUGAAGCGGCGCCGCUCAGCGCGGCGUCAUCGGCAGGCUCCAGCGGAGCGGGCGCCGGCGCUGUGAGCCCACUGCCGCUGAUCACAGAACCCUUCCUCGCACCUCCGCCACCCGGGCUUAUACAUAUGCUCAUGUCCUCAGAUAAGUGUCAGGAGCUAAUGUGGAGUGCGAAGCAGUUGCAAUUGCAAGGGGAUCCUACGUUACUUCGCCCGCCGACAAGUGCUUUUGGGACUCCGCUUGCACCCACGUGGGAACUAUUACAAAUAAAUUGCGUUAUGAAGUUAAAACUGAAUAAUACAAGUGGAGACAAGUGCCCGUCUUCUAUUCAUGGCUGUGCGAUGGGUUCGUUGCCUGGCACCAUUUCAAGCGCUAGCACCCUCGGAUCAGUUGGUACUGUUACGUGCCGCGUGGAAAGAAUUGUUCCUGCUUCACCUGGCACAGUGGUCGGCACCUUGGGACCUUGCGCCACUGCUUGCGGCACCGGCGGCCAGGGCGCGCCUUCCACCCGACCCACUUGCCGACCUCGAAUUGAACACUUUGCAGAUACACCAGGAUUAAGCGAGACACAACCAGUUGAAAUGCUCCAAGAUCAAGCGCAGUGCAUAUUAGCGGAUUACGUUCGCACCAGAUAUUCUCGACAACCAACGAGAUUCGGUCGACUCCUUCUACUGCUACCUUCACUGCGGGCUGUUCGCGCGCGCUCCAUAGAACUGCUGCUAUUUCGUGACACGGUGGGAGACGUGUCAGUGGCCACGUUGCUUCACGACAUGUACCGAAUGCAACCAGCGCCUGCGCCCGCCCCUACAUUCCCCCCCACCCCCCACUGUCACUGA